ACACUCGACUGCACCCGUGCACAACAUCAUGGCAAAGAAGGGCAAGAAGAAGAAGCUCUCGAAGGAGGAGAAGAUGAAGUACCAGAUGGCGUUCAACCUGUACGACGAGGACGGGUCGGGCACCAUCGAUGUGGCCGAGUUGGGCGCUGUGCUCAACCAGACGGGGCUCAACCCGACCGAGGCUGAGAUUCAGCAGGCGUUUGACGAGCUUGACCUGGAUGGUGAUGGGGAGAUCACCUUUGAUGAGUUCUGCGAGAUGAUGGCAAACCGCGAGCCCACCGAUCCCGUGGAGGAGCUUCGGCUGGCCUUUGCUGUCUUUGACGAGAAUGGCGACGGCUACCUCUCCGCCGACGAGCUGGAGAAGAUCCUCACCAAGAUGGGCACUCCGGUCUCCAAGGACACCGCCGAGCGGGUCAUUGCCGACAUCGACACUGAUGGCGACGGCAAGGUCGACGUCGAGGAGUUCAUCGCCUUUGUCAUGAACCAGCAGGAGUAGUCAUGCUGUUCCUUGCCAUGACCUUGGCGUGGCAGACAGGUGUAGAAGGCUGUCUUCCCGUAACACGAAAGCGUACACUA